CAGGUCACACAAUUACAGCCGUGCCGCAACACAAUAGCCACGUACCGCCCCGAUCAUAUAUACAUAUCGACGACGACUGCCGCGGCUAGGUAGCUACCUCGCCCUGCAGCUUCUUCUCUAUCUAAUCAGCUAUAGCUAGCUAGAGCCAUAUGGCCACCGUGGACGUCGACACGACGACGGAGUCCGGCAAGGCCGCCGCCGCCGCGGCGCCGUCCCCUCCGGCGGCGGCGUGCAGAAGGAGCAGCUUCUCCGGCGCCGACCUGGCCCUGCGGGCGCUCCUGUUCGCGGUGACGCUCGCGGGGCUCAUCGUGCUGGCCACCGCCAAGCAGACCGUCAGCAUCCCGGUACCAGAGAUCCCGGGGCUCCUCGUCUCCCGCCCCGCCAAGUUCAACCACUCGCCGGCGCUCAUAUAUCUGCUGGUGGCGCAGUGCGUGACGUGCUUCUACAGCUUGCUGACGGCGCUCACCUCGCUCAAGCUCAUCUCCGGCUCCUCUCCCACCAAGACUCUCUUCCUUCUUGUUCUGCUCGAUGUGUUAUACGCAGCUAUCAUGGCUUCAGCGACGGGGUCAGCGGGUGGUGUAGCGUGGAUCGGGCUCAAGGGCAACACACACACCAACUGGACCAAGAUCUGCAACAUCUACGGCAACUUCUGCCGUCACAUCGGCAGCUCCGUCUUCCUGGGCCUCGUCGCCUCCGUCAUCCUCGUCCUGCUCACCAUCCUCAACGCCUACUGCUUGUACCGCCGCAGUCGCUAGAUAGCUAAGCUACUACACCUGAUUAUACAUAUAUACAUCGAAGAAUGUAGCUAGAGCGUGUGAUCUGUAUUCUGUACUGCACUAUUGUGUGUUUGUGCUGUUAUUUCACACUCUAGGUGUUUUUUUUUUUCGACCAUCGUCGUUAGUUAUUGCUGUAUAUGUCACUAUAUUCUAGCUGGUUCUUCAUCUGCUGUUUGUGCAAAAAACAUUUCAUUAUUAGUUGCAGUAUAACAAGGUGAUGUUUGGUUCA